UCGCCAUGGCAAUGGGCGGCGGUGGCGGCGUCCCAGAGCAAGAAGACUCGGUGCUGUUCCGGCGUGGCACAGGCCAGAGUGAUGAUUCUGACAUUUGGGAUGACACAGCAUUGAUAAAAGCUUAUGAUAAAGCUGUGGCUUCAUUUAAGCAUGCUCUAAAGAAUGGUGACAACUGUGAAGCCUCAGACAAACCAAAAGGCACAUCUAAAAGAAAACCUACGAAGAAGAAAAAAAGCCAAAAGAAGACUCCCACGACUUCAUUGAAACAGUGGAAAGUUGGUGAUAAAUGUUCUGCCAUUUGGUCAGAAGACGGCUGCAUUUAUCCAGCUACCAUUGCUUCAAUUGAUUUUAAGAGAGAAACCUGCGUUGUGGUUUACACUGGAUAUGGAAAUAGAGAGGAGCAAAAUCUGUCGGAUCUACUUUUCCCAACUUUUGGAGGAGUUAGUAAUAUAGACCAGAAUGCUCAGGAGAAUGCUCAAGAGAAUGAAAUUGACAGUCAAAUUUCAACAGAUGAAAGUGAGAACUCCUCCAGGUCUCCUGGUAAUAAACCAAAUGACAGCAAGCCUAAAGCUACUCCGUGGAAUUCCUUUUUACCUCCACCACCCCCAGUGCCAGGGUCAGGAGUGGGACCAGGAAAGCCAGGCCUAAAAUUCAAUGGCCUACCACCACCACCACCACCACCACCACCACCACCAUCCUUCCUAUCAUGCUGGCUACCUCCGUUACCUUCUGGACCACCAAUAAUUCCCCCACCACCUCCCACAUGUCCAGAUUCUCUUGAUGAUUCUGAGGCUCUGGGAAGUAUGUUAAUCUCUUGGUAUAUGAGUGGCUAUCAUACUGGCUAUUAUAUGGGUUUCAGAAAAAAUCAAAAAGAAGGAAAGUGUUCAGAUAUCAAUUAAGGAG